AUGAGAACCACUAACCUUAAUGUUCCAUUCCUUCUAUUUUUAGUUCUACCCUUCCUCGACCCCUGUUCCAACUUUCCCUGUUACAACGGGGGUCAAUGUACGGCCCCAGCUGACGCCCCCUACUGUGUGUGCCCACCUGAUUACACUGGGGCUAAUUGUGAAACCAGAGUGACGUCUUCUGAGAGAUGUCCAGUGAUCGAGCCAGGCAGUGUUGGAGUGUGUGGAGGAAUCCUCUGCUCAGAUGACAGUCAUUGUCCAAGUGGUCAGAUGUGUUGUGAUAGUGCUUGUGGUGCCCCGCUGUGUACACCCGUGGACACUCCCACCUAUCUGCCCGAUCCCAGGUGUGGCGUGUGUCGUAUAGGUCAAAUCUGUGUCAACACAGGUAUCGUGUGUGUCCGAUCACCUUGCCCUGGUCAGAGGUACAGUUGCGUCGACCCCAGGUGAAAACCUUCUUCUGCCAAGAAUAUAUGCCUGUGUCCAAUAGUUCAACUUAUUUAAUUUUUACCUACUGAUGUUUUAUAUAUUUUGUUACAAUGAUAACCAGUACAUUCGCUCGUCAAUUAAAACCAUAACCUUAU